AUGACACCAUAUGUUGAUGGGAUUUCACAGCGUGGAAAUCGUUAUGCUGAAGGUGUUUUGUUUACGAGUCUAUAUAUACAGGGACAAUUUGAUAUUUUUACUAGCAGUAAGGCGUAUGGACAAGGCUGGGUACUUUGCUUAAAAUCAAGGCGUUCAUCGACAGUGAUGGCGAAAAAUGCAGAAGAAGCUGCCUUGGAAUACAGGCAAGCUUUGGAUGAUUUGAAAGACAACAACAAGAUGCAGAUUAAUUUGAUGACUAUUCUUGCUGAUGACUACAAUUCGUUUUCUAGAGAUAUAGUCUGUGUCAUUGCUCAACAGAUUAUGAAGGUCAUACCGUCCCAAAAAUUGGCUGUUAUGUAUGUUAUGGAUUCAAUAUUAAAAAACGUAACUGGCGCUGGUAACUACAAGGAUCAUAUUGAGAAAAUUGUUUAUAAAGUCUUUCUGCAUGUUUUUGAAACGGGUGACGAAAGAACACGUCUGGCUUUACACAAACUCAGGCAAACAUGGACAGGAAUAUUUCAAAGGUCGACGUUGUACAAAAUAGAUUUGGCUGUUAACGCCAUUGAUCCAGCUUGGCCGAUUGUUACACCACAGCCAGUUCACACUGGUGCUGCUUCUGGAAAUAGACCACAAGCAGCUCCUGCAGCGUCACAUAAUCGAACAUCCGCAAAAGUUCACGUGAAUCCACAUUUUUUGCAGAAAAAUUCUACUGCUACUGCUACUACUACCACUACUGCUAUCACUACUACUACUACUUCCAGUGCUACUGUUGACAACAAAUUGCAAAUGAACAGUGAAAAGAAAAAAGUAGGUUUGGAUCCGAGACUGGCAAAACAUUCCGAUAGAUCAGUUGCUAGACCUCCACAAUUGCUAACAUCUGUAUCAGAUAAAGUGGUCAUUAAACAAGAACCAAUUGAUGGAUGUGAUGUAGACGAAAGAAUAACUAUGAAACAGCCGAAUAGCUUAGUGGAAAAUUCAGCUGUUCGCAACUUUGGACGCAGGAAGGAUCAAGAGAGUAGCAGGCAUUCGCCAGUUGAAAUGAAACGCAAGUCACCACCGUGCGUUUCUGAUUUAGAGACGAUAGAAAAAAAGCCGCGUAUGCGUACUCCACCUCAGGAUCGAGAUCGUCGUACCAAUUCACCUUUGACAUCAAUAAUACGACCAACCAAUGAUCUUGGUUCGCAUGCUUUUGUGACAAGCGCGCGACGGGCUCAGGCAGCUUCUAGUACAAACAAUAUCACUGCACCUCCUGCUUCUUUGAUUGCUCCAGUGUCUGGACCAGUGAUUCUUCCAGCUAUUCCAUCUACCUCAGGACCAUUACCAUUCCUACCCCCCAUCAUAGCGAAUGUACCUUUAUCUGUUCCAGUUCCCAAUUUGGCUUCAGUCCUUGCAACAUCGAGGAUGAUGCCAAUAUCUGGAAAUGUGCACGAAAUAGCACGGACUGAUGCAAAUCAUGUACCGCCUGUCAUCAAUAAUGAAACUCCAAAAUUGGAAGGCAUUCCUGCUAAUAAUAGGAUUUUUGUGGAUGGUCGAGCCUAUGAAGUUUCGUACAUCAAUGACGUCCCGGUUAUCGAACGAAAUGGAUUACCACACAGAAUAUAUUUUACGGGCGUUCCACGCAAUGUUAUUAUUGAUGGGAUCGCACAUCAGCUCGCAUUUGGAGAAGAAAAGAGAGUGAUAAUAGAUGGAGAAGAGCAUGUUCUGAGGUUCGGAGCACCUUCACGUGAACUCUACAUGGGGACUUAUCCUUUCAAAGGUGCAUUUGGUGGCCCACCAAUCUUUGCUACGAUUAAUGGUGUCCGGCAUGAAAUAAGAUUGGGUGGACCACCACCAGAAGUGAAAAUUGAACCUGAUCCUUGUUACGAACUUCUACGUUAUAUGCCUCGUUCAGGAACUGAUGGAUCUAACAAAAUUAUUACAGCUACUAGUGGAAAUGAACCUCAGCCAACAGUUGAUGUUAAAGGGCUGCUUGCCAAACUGCAACGUACUGGCAUCCUUUCAGCAUUAAAUGCUCAUAACAGAAGAAAUGAACCUAAUGAGGAUUCACCUAAUCGACCUGCAACACCGCCGAUCCCUUCGGAGCAUCGUGGUGAAGUAACUGAAAGACUUCCUAAGCCACCAACAGAUCUAAAAUCUUUCUCCAUGCGUGCUCUCAGGAUACGAUAUACAUCCGUUGUGGAAAGUUUGCAUCAGAAGAGGCGUCUUUGUCCCAACUGCGGUUUACGAUUUAGUGAAUUAAAAGGAGAAAAAUACCAGCAACAUCUUGAUUGGCAUUUUCGAGAAAAUCUACGAACUAAUGAAAGUUCUCGUUGUCGAGAUUGGUAUUUACCUGCUGAUGAAUGGUAUGAAUUUAGCGAACAGGAAAGGUUGACAGCAUCUACUUCGGCAGGUCGUUCCUCUGCCGGGAGAGUCGAUGAUGCUACAAAAGACAACGUUAGUGGAAUAUACAGUCUGCCUUCUGAUUCUGUUCCAUCCAAGGAAUGUGGUGUAUGUAAAGAGAAAUUCGAAGAAUAUUGGGAUGAAGAUGACGAUGUCUGGAAACUUCGAGACUGCAUGCUUGGGCAAGAAGGCAGAAUAUUUCACCCAGGUUGUAUACUGGAUGCCUCGGCCAUCCGGAAUCCACCAGAUGAUAGUCCGAGUGAAGAAGAACAAAGUGAUAAGUUGUCGUUUCUGAAAUCUAUGAAAUUAAAAAAUGAUCUUUCUACUGUUGACAGUUGA